UGGAGAAUUUUGUGAUGAUCAAGGAAUGAAGUACAUAGAUACUUUACGCAUUAAUAUACCUGAUACCAAACAUGGCCUUGACCGACCAAUAAAAUUUUCAUUAACUUUCGGUCAAUUAGAAUACAAAGCAUCGGCAUAUAAUGAAAAAACAGGAAAAUUAUAUAAAAAAAUAAAGUUUUAUGUGGAAGAAUAA